CCGGCGUGCUGCAAACUAGCUCUGGGCGGCGCGAGAUAGGUUGUCUCUCUUGCUGGGUGCUGAACGCAGACUUCGGGUGGACGAGGCUGAGGUGGCUGCACCGCCUUCUUGAGAGCUCCUCUGCCUUCGCUCGUUUGCGUCCCGAGCCGGCCUGCCUUUCGAUUUGCUUUGCCCAUACGUGCACCAGAAUCACUGCUGCUUAGCCUGAACCUAGUAAAAAAUGACCUUACAGAUGACAUGUUUAAGUCAAACCUGCCAAGAAGUAUGAUUCGAAUGAACUUUAACUUAUACAAGUUUUUUCAGUUUAUUUAACCUAACUUAUCAGAUGUCUGGAAUUAUUUGUAACCUACGGGGCUCAUGACCCCCAAAGGGGAGGGAUAAGAUGUGGUGAUCUCAAAUGCUCUGAGAUCCCAUUGCUGUAUGAUUAUACAUAUGAAAUCAUUCAUGUGAAGGGAGAAAAAAAAAAACAGGGACUUUGCUACCAUGCAGCAGACGACCAAAUUAUUUCUCCGAGCUUUGACGUGUAGUAUCCCUCACCUUGGGAAGUGCAUGCAGAGACAGAGUUACUAUAACUUCGCUGGUCACUAUUACAAUAGAAUAAGAUUGGAAAAGUGUCACCUGCAAAAUAAACCCAAGAUAUCAGAAUUAGCAAGAAACGUCCCAAGUCGGAGCUUCUCAUGUAAGGAUCUUCUGCCUAUUAAGCCAGAAAACGAAAAAUCCCUUUCUGAAAACAUGGAUGCAUUUGAAAAAGUGAGAACAAAAUUGGAAACACAGCCACAAGAAGAAUACGAGAUCAUCAAUGCCGAGAUUAAGCAUGGCGGUUUUGUUUAUUAUCAAGAAGGUUGCUGCCUGGUUCGCUCCAAAGACGAAGAAGCAGACAGCGAUAAUUACGAAGUUUUGUUCAAUCUGGAGGAACUUAAGUUGGACCAGCCCUUCAUUGACUCUAUCAGAGUUGCUCCCGAUGAGAAGUAUGUGGCUGCCAAGAUAAGGACCGAGGAUUCUGAAACAUCCACCUGCAUAGUUGUGAAGCUCAGUGAUCAGCCUGCCAUGGAAGCUUCUUUCCCGAACGUGUCCAGUUUUGAAUGGGUGAAGGAUGAAGAAGAUGAAGAUGUCUUGUUCUACACCUUCCAGAGGAACCUUCGCUGCCAUGACGUGUAUCGAGCCACAUUUGGGGAAAACAGACGAAAUGAGCGUUUCUACACAGAAAAGGACCCGAGCUAUUUUGUUUUCCUCUACCUUACCAAAGACAGCCGUUUCCUCACCCUCAACAUUAUGAACAAGACGACUUCCGAGGUGUGGUUGAUAGAUGGCCUGAGCCCUUGGGACCCACCAGUACUGAUUCAGAAGAGGAUCCAUGGGGUCCUUUACUAUGUUGAGCAUCGAGAUGAUGAAUUAUACAUCCUCACUAAUGUCGGAGAACCUACAGAAUUCAAGCUGAUGCGGACCGCAGCUGGCCCUGCUAUCAUGAACUGGGAUCUGUUCUUCACAAUGAAGAGAAAUACCAAGGUCAUAGACAUGGACAUGUUUAAGGAUCACUGUGUCCUGUUCCUCAAACACAGCAACCUCCUCUACGUUAACGUCAUCGGGCUGGCAGAUGACUCCGUUCGCUCUCUAAAGCUCCCUCCUUGGGCCUGUGGAUUCAUAAUGGAUACCAAUUCUGACCCAAAGAACUGCCCCUUUCAGCUCUGCUCCCCAAUAAGACCUCCAAAAUAUUACACAUAUAAAUUUGCAGAAGGCAAACUGUUCGAGGAAACUGGACACGAAGAUCCCAUUACAAAGACCAGUCGUGUUCUACGCAUAGAAGCCAAAAGCAAGGAUGGAAAAUUAGUGCCCAUGACAAUCUUUCACAAAAUGGAUUCUGAGGACUUGCAGAAGAAGCCUCUCUUGGUCCAUGUAUAUGGAGCUUAUGGGAUGGAUUUGAAAAUGAACUUCAGGCCUGAGAGGCGGGUCUUGGUGGAUGAUGGAUGGAUCCUAGCGUACUGCCACGUUAGGGGUGGUGGCGAGCUGGGCCUCCAGUGGCAUGCUGAUGGCCGUCUAACUAAGAAACUCAAUGGCCUUGCUGACUUAGAGGCUUGCAUUAAGACGCUUCAUAGCCAAGGCUUUUCGCAGCCGAGUCUAACCACUCUGAGUGCUUUCAGCGCUGGAGGGGUGCUUGUGGGAGCAUUGUGCAAUUCUAAGCCCGAGCUGCUGAGAGCCGUGACCCUGGAGGCACCUUUCUUGGAUGUCCUCAACACCAUGAUGGACACCACACUUCCUCUGACCCUGGAGGAGUUAGAAGAAUGGGGGAACCCUUCCUCUGAUGAAAAACACAAGAACUACAUAAAACGCUACUGUCCCUGUCAAAACAUUAAACCUCAGCACUACCCCUCCGUUCACAUCACAGCCUAUGAAAAUGAUGAGCGCGUGCCUCUGAAAGGAAUUGUAAACUACACUGAGAAACUCAAGGAAGCCAUUGCGGAGCAUACGAAGGAAGCAGGGGAAGGCUAUCAACCUCCCAACAUUAUUUUAGAUAUUCAGCCUGGAGGGAACCACGUGAUUGAGGAUUCUCACAAAAAGAUCACAGCCCAGAUGAAAUUCCUGUAUGAGGAGCUUGGACUUGACAGCACCAAUGCAUUCGAGGAUCUUAAGAAAUACCUAAAAUUCUGAAAUGCUGCCUUCAGCUGGGAACUGGAAACACAUGGAAGUAAUAAUGUCUUAUUUCCAGUUGGGUUAGCAAAAGUGAGAUUUUUUUUUUUAAGUUAUUACAUAAGUUUUUUAAAGUUGUUUCUUCGUGUAAAUUUUGCUUAAUGUAUUUCUCACUUGUCCCGUCCACACCAGCACAUACCCCUAGCCUGGGAAGUAGUUUUCGGCCAUGCUCCUUAGUAGGAUGUGGAGAAGGAGCCAGAAGGCCUGGGUAGGAGACCGCCAGGCCUCCCUUCCAAUCAGAACAGCUUCAUGCCUAUUAAUAGAACUUUCUUUGACCAGUUUACAAAUCAGUGUCCUUCCUCUUCACUAGUAAAUACUUUUAGACACUGGCUGUGAGUCACCUGGCGACGCCCACAGCUCUGCUGUAAAGAAAAGAAUAGCAUUCUUCAGAUUCAAAUGCUUUAGAAUUUGGGAAUAAUCUUUUCAACGCUUUAUUGUUCUUUCAAACACUUAGAAUCUUCCCUAAAACCCUUGCAUUUGUGCUACAGAAAUUUAAGAAUUGAUGGCCACUCAUGAGGCUUAUUGAGCCUCAUGCUGUGUGUAUGUAUUAAUGUGUGUAUGUUAAGACAUCCUGGAGGCAGGGUGCCAUCUCGUGAGUGGAGAGUCCUAACACAGGCUGUACAGAAUGUCCAGUGUGCUCGAAUAGCAUGCUCGAUUGGAAACAAAGCAUUUGUCUCUGAAAGCUGCUUGGUGAUGGAGGAGAGUCUUCAUGCUGUGUUCCAAGAUGAGUCCUUCUCCCUUCUCCAGAGAAAUGGCAUGUGUAUCAACGUCUCUGCCUUUGGAGACCGAAUUGGUACUUAAUCUUAUUCUCAGUUUUGUAGGAAGAUCCGAAAUGAUUUCCUGUAGAUUUAGCAGAGUUGAUGAUUCUCCAAAAUUCAGGACCACAAUGAAGACUCUGUCUAUGCCGUCCAUCUCUCUUGUAUACACAACAGAGUGACUGUCGUCCCUCAAAAGGCAAAACCAGCCCCUGCUGAGCAGCAGUUCUUUGGCAUGUAGUAGACUUAAAUCCUGAUAAAGCCUCAAGGCUGAACUCGCCUGGGUCUUUUGGACCUGUUUUUUAAAAAGAAUAGUCACAUAAAUGUUUUAAGAAUUACCUCCACCACCACCACCCCCCAAAAAAAACUUGCUUCCAUUUGCCCUUUAAAAUAACAGCCCAAAUAAGUAAAUCACUGCCCAAUUAUAAAGCACUUCUAAAUAGUUCAUGUUUUCUGCUUGUCGGGAGUCAUUUCAGUAUGCACAAUGCUCCCACUUCUUAGAGUUGCUGCAGAAGCCAAGUCUGACUCCACUUUAGGACAUUGAACCUUCUGGAAUGAAGUCACUGUGCUGUGCUGUAACUGCCAGAUGCCUGGAAGCAGAAAGUGUCCAGUGCGUUUGGACGUCGUGGUUCCCAUCUGCGGGAUAACGUGAAGGGCACUGUGGGUGCAGAGAUCAUGGGUCCCACAGACAUGGACUCAGAUCCCUGGUGAUGGGAAGGGCACUGCAAAACUGCAGAACCUAAGAUACAGAAGUCUACACUUGCUUUCUUGCUGCCCCGCCCCUGCCCUGCUCCGCCCCACCCCCCAGCCACAGAAAGUCUUUUUGGCCUUUAAAGGUUUGGGUUUAUUUUGCAGCUACACAAAACAUACCUAAUUUAAUGCUGUUCUUUUCUUUCUUUUUUUUUUUUUUCUCCUCAUAAGCGUUUGUUUUUCUGUUACAGAUGUCAUUGUGAUGGCUGGUAAUAUGCUGGCAGAAUAUUUUACCAUAAUUCCAUUCCCUUUCCUUUUAAACAUCUGCACUUCUAGUAUUUUCUUACAUUUUCAAUCCCCUCCUCCCAUGUUUUAUAUUGUUUAUUUAAGAUAGAUUAUCAGACAGAUAAUUACUGUGUCAAAGAGUAUGGACAUUCAAUGCAUAAUGCCAAAUUGUUCAGAGCUGUUGCCAAAUCCACAAUAAUAAUAAUAAUAAUAAUAAUAAUGUUCAUUCAUUACACUCUAGCCAGCCACGUUUCCUGGGCCGGUGGUGGUGGUGGUUGUUGUUGUUUUCAGGUAGAUGCUUAAUAAUGUAUAUUUAAUGACUAUCUCAUGGAUGUUUAAAAAUGUCUGUUCUGUUUAUCAGGUACAAAGUAACUGUGGUCGGUCUGUGUGUGCGUCACACUGUAUUACUCAUUCUCCAUAGCUUUAGAUAAUGCAUGAGAAUCGGGGUUUCAUGCCACUCCCAUGAGAGGCCCAGUGAGCUAUUCUAUCCAUCUCCUUUCAUUUGAACUCUUUUGCUGUAACCGUGGACCUGUCUGUUUCUCUUUAUAUCUCUCAAGGUACUUGUCUGAUAUAUUUUGAAGCUUCUGUUAACAUGCAUAAAGAUUGGUGACUUUCGGUGGAUUAUUCACUGUCUGAAAAUUGCAUUUCUCUCAUAUAAUGCUUUUCAUAUUGAAUUCUAUUUUGUCUGCUAUUAAAUAUUUCCAAGCCUGC